UUAUUAGUCUCACUCUCAGCCCCCACAAACAUCCUCUGCACCAAUCACAACUCAACCCUUUUGACUAUCUCUCUCCUCUUCUCUGUUCCAUAGAUCGCUGUCUUUCAAUCACUUCACACAUUUCUCUUCACUCCUCCUUCUACCACUCUCUGCACUGCACACACCUCACACCCCACACCCACUUCUAUUUCUCUUCAAAUCUCCACCUUUUUGCUUUUCCCAGUUGCCCCCUCUUUACUGUUUUUGCUUCUACCAAAGAUUCUACCACCAAUACUCCAAUACUACUUAGAUACGUGUAUCUUCUAUGCUCUUCACAGCCCUACCAAUUAUUGAGUGUCACUCUAUAAUUUUUAUAUGGGUUUAGCCUUUUCUUUUCGCCUUUGGUUCCUAUGCUGAUUGUUUCCUCUUCUCUUAGAUCUGAAGAGUUUCUUGCGGGUUUAUGCUUUGCCCCUCAUUGAUUCUCUUCAGUUUUCGAACAAAGUCUCUUUGGAUUUGGAUUCCUUUGUCCAAUAUAACCUCCUAUCCCGUGCAUUCCUAUCUCGGGUAUCUCUCUCUCUUUGAACUUUUCUAAGAGAGAGAGAGAGAGAGAGAGUUGAUUUCAAAAGCUGUUGUUUUGACCUGCUGGGUAUGUUCGAUUGUCAGUGAGAUCAUGAAUAGGGCAAUUGAAGUACUGUCUCCAGCCUCCUAUCUCCAAAAUUCCAACUGGUUGUUCCAGGAAAGCAAGGGAGGAGGAUGGACUGCGGAAGAGAACAAGCUGUUCGAGAAUGCUUUGGCUUACUAUGAUAAGGACACCCCUGAUAGAUGGAUGAGGGUGGCAGCCAUGAUUCCUGGGAAAACUGUUGGUGAUGUGAUCCAACAGUACAGAGAGCUUGAGGAAGAUGUGAGUGUCAUUGAAGCAGGUUUGAUUCCAGUUCCUGGCUAUACUACCAGUUCUUUCACAUUGGAGUGGGUUAACAGUCAAAGCUAUGACGAGUUCAAGCACUUUUGUGCUGUUGGUGAGAAAAGGGGUGCAUCCACUAGGCCAUCUGAGCAGGAAAGGAAGAAAGGAGUGCCAUGGACUGAAGAAGAGCACAGGCAAUUUCUGCUUGGUCUGAAGAAGUAUGGUAAAGGGGAUUGGAGAAACAUUUCAAGGAACUUUGUGACCACAAGGACACCUACCCAGGUUGCAAGUCAUGCUCAGAAGUACUUCAUCAGGCAGCUUACAGGGGGGAAGGACAAGAGGAGAUCAAGUAUCCAUGACAUCACAAUGGUGAAUCUCCAAGAAACAAAAUCUCCUUCAUCAGACACUACCAGGCCUUCUUCACCUUUACAGAAUCAGAAAUUGUCUAGCAUGGUGAAGCAGGAAUAUGAUUGGAAAACGCCAUGUGAUGACAUGCCUUUUGUUUUCAACUCAACAAAUGGAAACAUGUUCAUGGCAGCACCACUGCAUGGGAUUUCCUCGUAUGAAUCUAGACCACAGGAGCAUAAUCUACUUAGACAAUCUCCAUGGAUGCCAGUUUUCACCUUGUGAUACUAGUGUGCAAAUACAAUUGAUCUGUGCAUCUCAUUCAGGGUUUAGAGUUUUGAAGGUACUAAAAGUUUGAAUUUGAACCCUUUUCAGCGAUGUUGGAUUGCUUCAUAGAUAGUUUGUGUGAAUAUGUUGAGGAGGGACUGGAGUUAGUCCUUAGUAACUAGAAUGUAUGUAGAGAUUAGUUGGAAUCUUGUUCUGACAUUAAGAUUCUGAAACUAGUCUGUCUGAGGAGUUAAGUUUGGUGAUGAUGUGUAAUAUGAUUUUCAGAUUACAUGUUUGGUAAUUUGAUUGUAGCUAGAUUGAAAGCUUGAGUGAGCUUUCAUCUGAUGUUCAUCUUCCCAUAGAGGCAAGAGUUGUCUGCAGAUUGCCCUUACCUUUUUGAAAGAUGGUUGAAAUAAAUAUUGAGUUCCAAGUUUCCAUAAAGAAUUAAAUAAAAGCAUCAAUCAUGUUGAUGCAGUAGUGGUGUAAUAUAAAGCAAUUUGGAGUGUUAGUUUUUAUUAGCUUAACAGGAUUGUAUCUAAAGCCAUAAAUUAUGAUUAUAGCAGAGCUUUUUGAAAUGUGGUGAGGAAUUGGACAGAACUUUGGUCCUGGUGUACCAAAAAAAAUGUGUGAUCAAUCAUAAAGCAUUUGAUAUGAAACAUAAUGUCUUGGAACCAUUA